CAUGACCUUUCUGUGCAAAGUUAUAGAAUUUACAAGAAAAGCCAUAAAUGUUCAUUCUCAGCUCAAAGCUACAGAAAUAAGAAGGAAAGCAUUAAUUUAUGGCUUUUCUUGUAAAUUCUAUAACUUUGCACAGAAAGGUCAUGUAGAGCUGGAAGAUGUCUCAUUUUAAUCAGAAAUUUGUGGACUACAAUCAUGCCUCAUUAAGAAAAGUUGUGGUUAUUUUUUAGGGUUUCUGAAAAAAUGGUUCUUCAGAAAACCGGGUCUCCAAGAGCCAUCGGGAAAGAAUCAGAAAUUUUUCGUUUUCUAUCGACUUUCGAGCUCAGUCGUGCAUCAACCAAGAGACUUGUAUGGAUCGAUUUCAUAACUCAUGGUACCGGUGUACUUGUACACUGGAUCGAAGUAACACUCAAUGCAAUAAGAAAGCUUUUACGUUAAAAAACAAUAUGCGAAACUGUUUGUCUCAGCCAAAUUCUACCAUCUUGUGCGCAUAUGUUCGCACAUAUAUAAAACUUAUUUUUGCAUAUGCUCUUGGUUAUAGAUAGUAUUCGGCCUCAACUACUUAUACUGCAAAUAUGAGCUCUUAAUCAACUUUCUAGACCAAGAUAUAAACAUCACAAAUUUGACUGUUAUACAAAUAUCGUUUUAGGCUAUUUUUAGGGCUUUUACGAAAAGCUCUAUAACUUUUUAACGAAGUAAGUCCGAAUGAAAAACUUUGGGAAUCUUCCGAUAUAUGUUGUCUCUACCUACAAUAAAAUCCUGAGCCCAAAACUCAAACAUCGAUUGAGCAAGUUUCGCCGUUCCACUCGGCAGUGACUCAAGUAUAAAAAAAUAAAUCUAUGUCUGUCUUAUAAAACGGCACUAAUCUGACAUGAUUUAUACACAUACUAAGUAAACUAAUAACGUUUUUUGUUGCUUAGGAAAUUUUUGGUGUAGAAUCAAGUGAGGUGAAAGGCCCACGGGAACGACCUACUAUCAUUAUUCGACAUUUAUUUACGAUAUCUAACCAUGUAGCCGACUAUCGACAAUACUUGGACAAGAAUGCCAAUUUAUUAAAAGCAUUUAUACAAUCACGUUGUCCAGGAGUCGUUAAUAUGGCUCAAACAUGGCAAGAAAUUGUUAAAUCAAUGGCCUCAUUAGCAAACGACAUGAAAAAAAAUAUGAGAACAAAAGUAGCACGACAUAUAGCAAAUUCUUCAAAUAAUCAGCAAGCGCCGAUAAUAACAGUACCAACAAAUGUUACUGGAACAGUAAUGGAUGCUGGUGAUCAAAGAGAUUCGGAUCUUUAA